AGAGAGAGAGAGAGCCUCGAGAAUUCAUCGCAACCUUGGGAGUGUGAACUUCUUCUCCUCCUCCUACUUCUAGUACUUCUGGCUCACUCCCAGCCCACAUGUUCUGGAGUUGAGAGCCAUUAAAUUUUCUAGGGUUUCGACAAAUUCCAGCUUGAUAACAACUAAGCAUUUCGUCUUCACUAAUUUACAUUCAACCCCCACUUCAAUCACCACCCACAUUGGCUCCUUCGGUCGCACACAGGUAUAUUGCACAGGUUUCUAUUUUCUUCUUCAGGAUUUCGUCUUUUGAAAAUGGCGGCAACUGCUGCUACUGGCCUGCAAAUUGGUGCUGCAAGGCCCUCCAUUUCAUCUACUAGCAGAAUUUUCAAGGCUUGCGCAGCAAGUGUUGGUGCUGAUUCUAAAGGGAUAUCAUGGGCUAGGCUUGCUAGUGCUUGUCAUAUAUCAUCUCUGCAACAUUUUCAGCGCAAUUUCAUGUCAUCUCCUGUAAAAUUUGAGAAGGUUGUUACAAGGGCUAUGUCUGAAUCUGGUGAAAACAAGCCUGCAUCAGGGUUACCAAUUGAUUUGAAAGGUAAAAGGGCAUUUAUUGCUGGUGUAGCUGAUGACAAUGGAUAUGGCUGGGCUAUUGCAAAAUCUCUGGCUGCUGCAGGUGCUGAAAUCCUUGUUGGCACUUGGGUUCCCGCUUUAAAUAUUUUUGAGAGCAGCUUAAGACGUGGCAAGUUUGAUGAAUCACGCGUAUUGCCUAAUGGUUCUUUGAUGGAGAUUACCAAAGUAUAUCCCCUAGAUGCAGUCUUUGACAAUCCUGAGGAUGUACCUGAAGAUAUAAAAGCAAAUAAGCGCUAUGCUGGAUCAUCCAAGUGGACUGUUCAGGAGGUUGCAGAAUCUGUGAAACAGGAUUUUGGAAGCAUUGACAUUCUUGUGCACUCACUUGCUAAUGGGCCAGAGGUCACUAAACCUCUGUUGGAGACAUCCAGGAAGGGAUAUCUUGCAGCAAUAUCUGCAUCAAGUUAUUCCUAUGUUUCUUUACUGAAACAUUUUAUUCCGAUUAUGAACCCAGGUGGGUCCUCAAUUUCCCUUACAUACAUUGCUUCUGAGAGAAUCAUUCCUGGUUAUGGUGGAGGCAUGAGUUCAGCAAAAGCAGCACUAGAGAGUGACACAAAAGUGCUUGCUUUUGAGGCGGGAAGGAAUCAUAAGAUUAGGGUCAACACAAUAUCUGCUGGUCCAUUGAGAAGCCGAGCUGCAAAAGCAAUUGGAUUCAUAGAUAUGAUGAUUGAUUACUCGUUAGAAAACGCUCCUUUGCAAAAAGAGCUAUCUGCAGAUGAGGUGGGAAACACCGCUGCCUUCCUGGUAUCGCCAUUGGCUUCUGCCAUCACUGGUGCUGUUAUAUACGUUGACAACGGUCUGAAUGCGAUGGGCGUGGGAGUGGAUAGUCCUAUAUUUAAAGACCUUGAUAUUCCAAAGAAUAAGCAUUAGAGGUAUCGGAUGGUUUACAGGAUAGAAGAGGAGAUUUGAAAUCUUAGGUUAGUGGUGGUGUUGCUGUUUUUCUCUUCUUUAACCCCCUUAUGGUCAUUACCCAAGAAUGGCUUGGCCAGCCAACCCCAUUUUGUCAUGAGAGCAUCUGUUUCUUCCAAAGGGACUUUCUUCUUGUUUCUGAUAUAAUUAUGGAAAAAGAUUUUCGAGUAUGACUUCCCAUUAUGUGCUCUUUGUUGAAUUUAAAACAAUUAAUCUCCAACUGUGAAAUCCGACGACGAAC